GAUGUGGAUGCGAGAAAAAAAAGGCCAGCAACAGUGUAACAGACAACACAGCCCCUCUGCUCCGCUCGACGUAGUAUCUCUCUCCCCCUGAAUGAAAGUGGAGCAGAGGCGAGCCGAGCCAAACCAAGCCGCAUGCUUCGCUGUGCAACAAGGCGGACAGGACGCGACAUGGACCGGCGGACAACAGCAGCCCGAGCAUCAUCCAGCGGGGACCGAGACAGAUUUUAAGGGUGCUGUUGUAUCCCCGAGGCCACAAGGACAUGAAGAACUAGAAGUAUCUGUUGAGGCCCUCCAGCUGACCUCGGGGGCUGCGUCCUGUGGGGCUUUGUUGUUGGUGGGCCAGCUGAACAGACCGUGCAUGUGAGCGAGAGGUGAUGAAAUCCAGCAUGAGGCAGUGGCGGCGGCUGGUGCUGGCGGGAAUGCUAGCCUGGGGUCUCCUCUUCCUUGCCCUCCUUUCCUACUUCCUAGAUGCUCGUGUGAAUGAGACCCUGACCUCCACUUUGCUCUCCCAGCAUCCCGACACUCGCCGCUUGGCCUCCAUACAGGCCUCCCACCAACAGCUCUCCAACCUGGGAUCCCAACCUGAGCCAGCCUCCGCCUUAACCACAUCCUACACCAGACAGGAACCAGAGCCACAGCCUUCUGCCGGCUCCACGACCCCAGAUCUCAGCCUCGAGGCGAGCCGCAGCCCCAACGGUGCCCCCUAUGCCAAUUACGCUAGCCAGGAAGCCAGUCAGCAGGACUACCUGGACCAGCAGAGUCUGGCUGCCUGGUCCUCUUUUGGUACAGAAAAUGUGGGUUCUCACUCGAACCCUGCGGCCCUGAGUCGAGAGAAAACCUCCCAGACAGCAGAGUACCAGAACCCUGUCAGCGCCACGCAAAGCCACGACGGUGGAGAAGAAGAAGAAGACGACCGGGACAAUGAAGAAGAAGAAGAACUAGGAAACAGAAUAAGGACUGCAGCGGGAGGCAGAGGGGCCGGCGGUGACUCCUCCGAUCUGGAGGAAUAUUACUUCUCAAAGUCGGCCUCUGUGGUGCAGCGUCUGUGGCGAGGCCGCGUGUCCGCCGGCAUGCUCAGUCCCCGUCUCCAGCGCGCCAUGAAAGACUACAUGAGCGCCAACAAACACCACGUUUCGUUCAGCGGGCAUCGCAGGCCGGCCCAGGGCGCCAAGGAGCUGCUGUGUCAGAUGAAAGCCCAGGCCCGGUUGAGGACCGUGGACGGGUCGGAGCAGCCCUUCUCCUCUCUCGGCUGGGGCCGUCUCAUUCCGUCUGUUCCCCUGGAGCAGCUUUACAAACAUCAGGGCCGGAGCAGCUACAAGACCUGCGCCGUGGUCACCUCGGCUGGCGCCAUCCUGCGCUCCGGACUGGGCAAAGAGAUCGAUACCCACGAUGCAGUUUUACGGUUCAACGCUGCACCCACAGAGGGAUACGAGAGAGACGUUGGAAACAAAACCACUAUUCGCAUCAUCAACUCACAGAUUUUAGACAACCCUCGACACCAGUUCAACUCAAGCUCAAUCUACAAGAAUGUGACUUUGGUGGCCUGGGACCCUGCACCUUAUACUGUCAACCUACACAAGUGGUAUGCCAGUCCGGACUACAAUUUGUUCGGCCCGUACGUGGAGCACCGCAAGCUCCACCCCGACCAGCCCUUCUACAUCCUCCACCCCAAAUAUGUGUGGAGACUUUGGGAUGUGAUACAGGGCAACACUCAGGAGAACAUCCAGCCCAAUCCUCCCUCGUCUGGCUUCAUAGGCAUCCUCCUGAUGAUGGCACUUUGCGAGGAGGUGCAUGUGUACGAGUACAUCCCUUCCAUGAGGCAGACGGACCUGUGCCACUACCACGAGCGUUAUUACGACGCCGCCUGCACACUGGGCGCCUACCACCCGCUGCUGUACGAGAAGAGCCUGAUCCAGCGGAUCAACACGGGCCCCGAGAGGGACCUGAGGAGGAAGGGACGGGUCACCCUCCCCGGCUUGAGCACCGUCAACUGUGACAUCUGAGAUAUGAAAAGUGACCCCGGACAAUACAAACACACAACGGCCUUUUUUUUUUCUGGCUGACUGAAGGGAAGAGGUGCAAUAAAGCCACAGGAGACAUGUAAGCUGAGGCUCACAAGUUUUGAAAUGAGACCCAUGAAGAACAUAAGCCAUAUCCCUCCAGGGGUGGGGGGAUCAACAUGGGAGAACUUGUCUUCAUUAAGAUGGAAUACCUGACCCACAGACAGGGCAGGAAAAAAAAGCCUCUGAGACGGGGCUGAAAAGACGUUUCUCUCUCUCUCUGCUUUUGCUGAGCCACGUUAGCUGUGGAGCUGACUAGGGUAGCAACAGAUCCGUGUUUUUUAGAUAGGCAAGUGAAUUUUCAAUAACUGGAUGUGAUUCAAUGGUGUGCUCUGUAUUUUUCAAUAGAAAGGGUGGUUCUCCACUUAAAGGAAAAACCACAGAUUCUAAUGGUGGAUAUUUGUGAUUUUAUUUUGUUCCUUCUUUUUUUUACUGGUCUAAAAAGGGUUGUGAAUAAACAGAGAUGUCAUCUGUGUUGAAUGUCCGAAAUUGAAACGUGCUCACUAACGCACACAGCAUGAAUAACACAUGCAGAAGAAGGCACACAUGAGAGAAGUCAUAUUACUGUUCAUGUCAUUGCUUUGCAUAGAGCGCUCCUCCCUGUUUGACAUUCCUCUGAUAUCUGUCAGAAGUUUAUUUUCUUGUUGUCAUGAGGGGGUUAUUCAAACAAUUGAUGUUUUUCAGGCCUCACACCAAAUGUACUCUCCUGUGCAUGCCAACCUGCCAGCUAACCUCCGCUACCAUUUGGUGUCAAGCGGUCUGUCAAUAAGAACUAAUCCCUUGGGAAGGUUCCCUCAGGAGAUUCAGAAAAUGUGUCAGAAAAUGAAAAAAAAACAGACAGAAAAGAAAAGAAGGGGAGAAGGAAAAGCUAAGGGUUUUUUUUGUAUUCGCCCCACGUACAGAAAAAGGAGCCUUCCUAUACGCUCACAGCUUAUCAAUCAGAAAGAAAACGGGGCCAAAGCGGGAUCUUCGGUGCUUAGAACGGCCGCGACCCUGUGCCUAGUGGUCAACUGAACACUUUUCCUCGGGUUGCCUUGUUGCCUGUUCGGAUAAAUGCAGUAGCAAACUGUGGGAAGUAAUGAGGAGUUCAAACUAGCUGUGGGAGCUGUGUAGUAGUAGCAGUUGAUAUUCGCUGUAUCAGGAGAUUCUCAGCUCUGCAUCAGCAACCAGCACCCCCCCCCCCCCCCCUGUUUUUGACGGUCAGUUCGCUCUUUAUUGAAUGUAAUUUUAACCGCUGCGUGCGAUGGCCAAACCCCUCCCUCCCCCUCCCCCCCUCCGGAUCUCCGCACUGCAGUGGUGUCUGCAUAUGUGCGGGGGUCAUUCUUUGGUCAUGUAACAUGCAUUAAGCUCAUUUCCUACACUAUAUUUAUGUCUCAUAUUUCCUAGAUCCUCUAAUAGCGGCAUGCACCGUGUCUGCAGCUCGGAGUGGAGACAAUAACAAAAGAGGAAUUCAAACUGGUAAUAUCAUCAAAAUUGCUUUGUCUGCAGCGAGGAUAAUUUUCAUGUUUACAGCUAGAGAAAGAUCUUCAGCAAGCUGUGAAGGGUUAUUAGCUCAGCGUGGAGAGGAGAGGAGAGGAGAGGAGGGCUGGUUGUGAUUUUCUGCUGCAGAUGUUCGGUCUUCAGAAAAAAAAUCUUGCCUAUGAACGAAGAUUUUCAUUAUUUUUUUUACUGCUAAGUGUGCUAUUCUACAAAAAAUGUUCUCGUGCCAUUUGGUUGUGGUUUCGGUGUAAAGAUGUGAAAAGUUGUCAGAGAAAUGUUUCUUUGAAUAGUCAGUCAUGUUGAAUUAGAUGACCUUGUAGUAGUUUCUGGCGUAGGAGUUGACUUGAUGUUGAGAAGGGCUGGGUAUCAUCGUACACAUUUGUACAAAUAUGUGUGUCCUGUUUUCUAUGAAACAACCAGAAAAAUGUUGAAUUCAGUUGGUACUCGUUAUAGGGAAGAGGAAAGCUAGGACCGAGUAUUUGGUUCAAAUUUAGAGAUGGUUGGGCUAUAAAUAAAAUCAACUUCACAUUUUUUACAAUUUUACCCUGAUAUUUUGUAUGUUGCGAUAUAGUGAUUAAAAGAAAUCUGUUAGGGAACUCAUGUGAGAUUAUCAGGCAGUAUUUAGUCAAACUAAGUCUAUCUUAACAUCCUAUAAUAAAUGGACAAAACUCAGCUCUGUUGAAAAAUGUCAACAAGAAAAUGACAGAAGAUUAUAAUAUUUCUGAAGAUUGGAUUUAGUAGUGUUGCAUAGGAUUUCAUUGCUUUUAAUGAGGUAGACCUAUACUGUAAUUAAGCAUCUACUGAGUUUAUGUAUUGAUGAGCAUAACCUGAUGGAUUCAUCGUGUUACAUACAUGACAAUAGUAUUUCAUCACAUUGAUGCAAAGUCCUGUAGAUUUAAUUUUGCCAUAAAGCAAUUCUCAUUGAUUUGCAUUUGUCAAAAUUGGAUAGAAGUAUCUCUAACAGUAGACCCCCCCCUUGAUCUGAGAUUAUUUAUAUGUAUGGUGGUAAUAUGACGGAUUCUAAUGCAACAAAUGUGUUCUGCUCGGAUUGCGAAAACUAGUUUGGUUUUGAUGCCCAGCCCCGGUUUCAGUGGAACUAUUUUUGCAUGUUAUUAAGAAGUCUUGCGACAAGGGAACCCUGUGAAGUCAGCUGAAGUUAGAGGACUGCACCAGAGGAUUAGUUUAGAGUCUGAAGAAGUUUUUUGAAAGCUUGAGGAGAUUAUCUUUUAUUUGGGAUAACACAGGUUCUCAGCUCUGCUGUAGGUUUUCUCUGUUGAAAUAAACUAAUCAUAUAUUCAAUUGCUUGAUUGUAACACACUGAAGGUGCAAACCCCCCUUGGACAUUAUUAUUCAUGUAUAUUUCUAAUAACUUUUGAUUACUUUCCCAAUGCACAGAGCAUGUAAAUCAGGAUCAGGGCUAAUAGUCUUCAACUGUGUGUGCUGUACUGUGCUGCAGGAGGACACCAUUGUCAUUAACGUUUUGAGAGGAGAUCCUGAUUUAAGGUUUUUUUUCUUUUACUCGGGUAGUGUUUUGCAUAACUGUAGAGUGUGCUUGUGGGCAGUGAAAUCCCAUCAAGAUGGGUCUGCAGCUAACAGUAGUUUCCUGGGAGCACUUGAGAACGUACAAUAUCUUCUGAAUUUUUCAUUUUUUACGUCUUAAUAUUGUGCCAAAUUCCAAUCACUCGUUUCGUCUUAGAAGUGUUAAACAAGGAGAGGAAGGGAGACUUCAGAGUAAUAGCAGGACUUCUAAGGUGCUAUUGCUUUUUUGGGGGAUUUUCUUAAAAUGGAACUUGAUGUCUUACUCUUUUUUAUCUCCUCGAGAACGAUUGCAUCGGCGUCAGUAAAUAAAGGACGUACUUCCCUGACACAUGACGUCGACUUUUUUUUUUGUUUUCCCCGGGAGAUGAGGACAUAUUUAAAGACACUCUCCAUUCUUUACUUUCAAGGCCUUUUUUUUCAUGUCUUUUGUUUACUCAGUAUCGUGGGAAUUGCUGCACCACACUGCCUCCUGAGGAUUGUUACACAUUAAAGAGACUCCUGCAGUGUCUUACUGUACUCCUGAAAAGAAGGGAAGAACAGAACAGAAGCGUCUGCGCCUGGAGAGAGAAUACGAGUGAAGGUCCUGUUUCACUCCCAGCAGCCUUAGGGUGUCCUUCUCGACUUUUGAUUUGUUGAUUUGUGAAUUCUCUUUCUUCUUACACUUGAAUCGAUAUUUAAAAUAGACCAUUUGUAUGAUUUCAGCUGUUGUGAUUUGGACUUUUUUUACCAUGUAAAAUAAAGUUGUUGUCUACGUCGAG